UAACAUCAUCAUGGCAAACGGAACCGGUACGAUCAUGCUGAAGUGCGUCGUGGUUGGAGACGGUGCAGUGGGCAAAACGUGUCUGCUCAUGAGCUAUGCCAACGACGCCUUCCCGGAGGAGUAUGUGCCAACUGUAUUUGACCAUUACGCAGUGAGUGUCAACGUUGGAGGCAAGCAGUAUUUAUUGGGGCUAUACGACACGGCUGGCCAGGAGGACUACGACAGACUUCGCCCGCUCUCGUAUCCCAUGACCGAUGUCUUCCUCAUCUGUUUCUCGGUGGUGAAUCCGGCCAGUUUCCAGAACGUCCGAGAGGAGUGGGUCCCAGAGCUGCAGGAGUACGCCCCCAGUGUCCCCUACCUGCUCAUCGGAACGCAGAUCGACCUCCGCGAUGACCCCAAGACGAUCGCCAAACUGAAUGACCUGAAGGAGAAGCCCCUCACCACGGAGCAGGGGCAGAAGCUGGCCAAGGAGAUUGGAGCUUGUUGCUAUGUGGAGUGUUCAGCUCUGACACAGAAAGGCCUGAAGACUGUGUUUGACGAGGCCAUUAUCGCCAUUUUAACCCCCAAGAGAAAGAAGGGGGCGCUAAAGAGACGACUGGGCCCGAGAUGCAUAAACUGCUGCCUCAUCACGUGAUACAAAACCAACCACAAGAGACCACAGCGGCCAAAAACCUGGACUGAACCUGGUCUGAACCUGGACUUAACCUGGUCUGAGCCUGGGACUAAAUCGGGUCUGAACCUGGACUAAACCUGGACUUGAGACUAAAGGGAUCAUGCACAGACUAGACUGGAUACCGCUGCUGUCCGUGGCCGGGUUUGAAAUGCAGUUUACACCAAAGGAGCACAAAACCCAAGUCUCUUCUAUCAAAGACUUCUAUGCCUAUUUUAUAACCAUUUUUAAUCAUUUUGUUCCUGUAUAAAGCUGCCAUAUAAAUAGAUAUAUCAUUUAAAGGGUUCAAGGUGAUGGAUUUUUGAAGUAAGACUAUAGUUUUGAGUAGAGAAAUGCAAAGGUUUAGGUUGUAAAGAUUGUCAAAAAAAAAGAGUUUGCGUCUGAUAUUUUGUAUGGCUUUAAUCAAUGCAUUGUAGUUGGUUUUUCCGAGUAUUAUAUUGAUUAUAUUGCCAGUCAGAUUAUUGUUUCUCAGUGAAGCAUGUGACACAAAGGAGCUCGUUGGUCAACUAUCAUAUAGAGGCAAAACUUUUACGCUUUUUCUUUUACAUAGUUUAGUGCUUCUCUCAUUUGUCCUUUCCCUGAUUGGCUAAUUCACCCGUCAAUCAAGCCUCACAUAUCUUCACAAAGUGUUAAAGAAGUGUGUAUUCUGGAUCCCAGGCAAAUUACUAACCACAAACUCAAAUUGUGUAGGUUCUGAACCAAAAUAAACAGAGACCAGGAAAGAAAUUCAAACUUGCACCCAUUUUUUUCCCAUUGACAAUGAUUUGCAGCAUUUGAAUUCAAAGCUAUAAUAGGGAUGUAACAAUAACUGAAAUAUCGUGAUAUCGUAUUGCCAAAGGUCUCGUUGACCAUCACAAUGUAUUAAAUUAUAAGUCUCUUCGCUUAAAUUAAGAGUUAUGGUGCAGCAAUUGCUAAAAAAAAGACAGAAGGAACUACAUAGACCAUGAUUCUUUGCUCCAUUUCAGUGCAAACUACAAGAAGAAAUAACAGUUCUAAGCACUUUUAAAUCUUUUUUCUUGGGAUUAAGUCUUGUCAAGGCAUUUUAAAAGGAAAAAGUAGCAUGUUCACAAUUUACUUAACCUCCAAAAAAUAUCAGAAUAAAUAUUGUACCGAGAGAUUUAGGAUAUCGUUACAUCCCUACUAUAUAUCUAUAGUUUGUUGAGAGUUUUGGUGGAGGACGCAGUCUUGUCUAGCCAUUGGAAUAUAUGACACAAAUUGCUCACUUGAUUCACAUUUAAAAGGUCCAUAUUACAGUAUUUUCUGAUCUGUUAUAAUGUUGCUGACUCAUCAAAACAUACCUAGAGUUGUGUUUGUUUCAUUCACACAUGUUUAACACACAAAUCCUGCAUAUUUAAGCUGAGUUCUUCUCUCAAACUGAAAACACAUGACAUGUGGUAAUACAGGAAGUGUUUUUAAACUCCACACACUUCACUAGAAUCAUUUGGAUCAUUUCUGCCCUGGAAUUGCCGAUCUCUACUGACGUAAGAGUAAAAGGAUCACAAGGAGGAGAUAUAGACCACGAAAAUUAAGGGUUACUCAGAUGUCUAAAUGAAACAAAACCCAACUCCAGGUCUGUUUCUGAGGAGGUGUGAACAUUUUAACGUGAUUAAAAGCUUACAAGAAUCCAUUUUGUGUAACAUAGGACCUUUAAAAUCCAUAUGCAAUUUGGCACUACUCUGUUAAUUGCUGCAUUUAAAGUUCAUAGCAUUUAAUUUGCAAUCGUUAAUUAGUUUCAGACCCCUGUGGUAAGCUCGUGUGGCUGCGUUACACUUUAAAUGAGUUAACUUUUUCAUUGCUCAGAGUGCAGAAUAUAAAUUGUUGUUUACUCACGAUAUGCAGUUAUCCUAUUAUAGAUUUGGUCUAGAAGUUCUAAUAAUGCACAAAUUAAAGCUGACUAUAGUUGUGAGGUUAUAGUCUAAUUUAUCACAUUUUUGCACAAUUUUAUCAUUAAUUAAUAGUUUUAUUUUAUUUUGUAUUUUUUAAAAUUCAAUAAAACAGCUUUCAGUAUUCAUUUUUUGAGCAUAAACAAUACAGACUUUUAAUCAUUCCCAAAUAACCUCCCCAAAAAUUGAAAUUUUGUCUUUCUAAUAUCUGAAGAUCUGACCUAAUGAUAUCCUUGCAAAUUAAAAUCCAAUUAAUUGCGCACCUCGAACUAUCAGCUGUAGCCCUGCUUCAAAAACCCACUUUGGAACCAUCAUAUGAGAUUAUUUCAGAUAUAUUUUAUAGGUUUUGUGUAUUUUUCCGCCCAUAGUGUUGAGCUAAUUUGCACCUCAGUUCAAUUUGCGGCUGCAUUUCAACCCAAACCUGUUCCGCUCAAACAGAUUUUUCAUCAUUUGUCGUUCAGGUGUGUUCAAAUUGAUCCUGGGUAAUUGCGUUUGCUUUGUGCAGAAAAUGAGACGGAUCAACAAACAGUGGUCAGGGAGCUGGCUCAGCUUCAUGGAAGUGCUUUAGAGCGACUCAUUGCAUUCAGAAAAAUACAAAAAUGAGAACUAUUCAGAAUAUGAUUAUACAUUUCAACUCCUUUUUAUUUAACAUAGCCAAAUAAUGUGUCCUAAAAAUGUGUAACCAUAGAAACUACUGGAAAAUGUGGUUCAAAAUUUGUAUGGUAAUGAUACUUUUGGAUCACCUUUAAUGACGAAAAAUCCACUGAUUAAUUGAAAUACUGUAUCUCUAAGUGUUUUUGAUGAUCAGAUUUCUUUUGAAAAUGUAAAUACACCAGAAAUCUGCUUAUGGGGUUAUCUGAUUAUUCUAUUUAUGUAUUUUUACUGGCCAAAUAUAUGUACCCACCAUUUGGCCCAGGUGUAAUGAAGGAUGGGUCAAAUGCAGAGGACAAAUUCUCCAAUACAGGGACAAUUAACAAUACACAAAUGAUGUAAAGUUACUAAAACCAACCUUAAAAUGAACUGUAAUGUAAAAUAAACUACUUAAGGUGGGACAAAUCCUCUAAACUUUGCUUAUAAUCACAUUUUAACUAGAACUUCUAAACUGGGCGGUACCUGGACGAUGUGUCAUGGAGUCUGGGGAUAUAAAGAAGAGUGUAAUUGGUCUAAAGGGUAUCGACGCAUCAAAUUCUGCCUCUAGAGCUGGGUAUUUGUGCUCAGAAACACCAGGCUGUAAUUAGGGCAGUCAUUUGUGAUGUCACCAUCUACUGGGACUUACAGAAACUUACAUUUUGUCCAGAAAGCUGCACUAAAUGUUCUAAAAGUUGCCAAAAAUGACAGUAGAUAAUGCUCCUAAAUCGCCAUAUACACAGUUCAGUUCAGUUCAUCUUUAUAUCGGAGUCAUGGUCCAUUUUUAAAACAGACAAGGACAGUGACAUUACAAAACAAUAAACAUACAUACCAGUGUCUCCACAUAUCGGACUGCAGAUAAAACUGCACAUUAAAAUUCUUAGUGCAGCUUGCAAAGUGUUCACUCGUGCAGUAAUAAACGUCUCAGUUGCACUCCAUCCGUGGCCUCAUCAAAAGCACCGUAAAGCAUCAUCGUAAGCCACCUGCAGUCUUUGCAAACUGGCUUUUUUGUAAUUAAUCCUGAGGUGGGCUGUGUGCAAUGGUGUACAAUAUGAUUUAAACAAUAAGAACUUUACAUCAUUUGUCCAAGAACCAAAUUUGCGCAUAAGAGUUGAGCUGUGAAAGUGUAUUUAGUGUUUUAGUUCCAUUUUAAAGAAACAAAAUCUACAUUUACAAGUCAAAUGGACAAGUCUGAAACACUUUUGUGAAGCUGACCCAGUGGUAAAGUUUGAUUUUAAAGUGUGUUUUUGCCUUAUGUUAGAACCAUAGACUGUAUUUAUAACUGGACAUGGCAACCUGCUAACCAUCGCUUUUCAAGUUUGUUUUUAUUCUGGCUUCAAUUCACUUUGUAUUGAAAAAAAAAAAAAAAAAAAAAGCCACCUUUCUCCAUAACUGCUGCUGUUAGGCUCUUCAUUUUGGUCUUAAAAUGUUCGUAUUAACCCGCUUUAUAUGGUCCUGCUGUUUUUUUUUUUAUAUGGAACUUGGCUCCAAAUUUGCAAAUUCUAUAAAUGCAGGCCUCGGUGAGCUUCAUUUGACUGGAGCCGAACACACUCCCUUAGUCCACUUCUUUAUACAGUCUAUGGUCCGAACCCCCUGCAGUGUUUUUAGUGUGGAAUGUGAAAACUUACUGUAACUAAAGGGUGCUGAAUUAAUUAUUAUCCAAAAAUGUACACAGUUUGAUUUUUUUUUUAAAGAUGAGCCAAUACAUUUUUCACAUUUGCUUUAUUUUGUGUUUUAUCUAUUCUAUUGUUUCUAAAGAGGCAGUGCAGUUUUUCAAGUUGUGCUAAUCUAAACAGAAAUCAGAUCAACAAAGGUGCACUGUGGAACUUUUCUGGUAGAGGGCUUUUCUCUUUUCUGGAGAUGUGUGUGAGCGUUCUUCCAUAUCCCUCGUUUAUCGCGGGGGUUACGUUCUAAAAAUAACCUGCAAUAGGUGAAAUCCGCAAAGUAUUCAGCUUUAUUUUGUACAAUUAUUAUAUCUGUUUUAAGGCUGUAAAAUCCCUCACCACACACUUUAUAAACUUUUCUCAGACAGGACAGUUACAAACCUUUUGGCAUCCUUCUUAAAACUUAUUGCCGCUGUCAUCCUUUUGUUAUUUUCCUCCUUCUUUAUGUAACAAACCGAAGAUUAAUUUAUUCCGUAAUGCGCUACAGUCGUGUAACUUCUCCCUUCCUUCAGCGUGUCCAGAAGUCCAACUUUUUGUGUGAUGGUUUGCGUCUUCCUCUGUCUUUUGGGUGCGACCGCAGGAGUCUUUGUCGGUGCAGAACGUUUCGUCGACAUUGUGGGUUUUGUCGGAGAGAAAACUUGCAAACAUACAGCACUUCAGAAUCACACUGCUAGAGAUCGAACAUUUAUGUAAAUGUGUCAAGCUGAACACAUUCUGUACUGUACAGGAGACACGGCAUGGAGGAGAUUGAUUGACAGUGGUCUGCAGCCAAUCAGGACGCAGGGGGAUGAACACAAUGCGAGUUCAAUUGCAGUAAAAAAAUCCACGAAAUGGCGAUGCUGCGAAAGGUGAACUGCAUUAUAGUGUGGGACAACUGUAUUAUCAUAGCUCAAAACUCUGUGACAUUCUAAAGAAGCAAAAUAUCUCCAUGGAAACUACUAUGUUGGGACUUUACACCAGAAAAGUUACAUGGUGCAUCUUUAAACAGAACUCAGAAUUUAUAGCAAGACAAUUAACCUCAAAUGAAAUUCAAGUUGUAGCUUUCUACAAUACAAAAUUAUAUAUUUAAAGGUCCUAUAUUCUAUGUUAUAAUGUUGUUUCUUCGUCAAAAACUCUUCUUCAGAAACAUAGCGGAGUUGUGCUUUUCAUUCACACGUUUAACACACAAACGCCACAACUCCACACACUUUCACUAGACUCAUUUGGAUAAUUUCAGUCCUGGAAUUGCACAUCUCUACUGAAUUAAAGGUAAAGUGUAGCUGUGAGCUUAAAAACUACUGCUACAAGACAUCACAAGGUGCAACAGAGCGUUUUGAGCUUUGGAGAUGUACAAACUAAUAAUAAAUCUUUACUCAAACGAGUGAAUGAAACAAAACACAACUCCAUGUAUGUUUUUGAUGAGGUAACAUGGCUUUAAUAAGUAUGAAAUGACAACAUUGUGCGUGAAUUGAAAAGCUGCCCUGUCUCUUUAAGAUGUUGAUGUUAUUAUUUUAAAGUUGUUCAUAUCCAAAGAUUUAAAGGCACAGGUCCGUUGUAACCGUUAUACAGACCAAUACUGUAAACCAGAUGCACAACUCAAGCACAGUCCCCAAAGCACACUGAUUAGGCUCCCUCCAAUGGCCGCCCUCUAUAACAACUCCAUAGUAUUAAUAUUUUUUAAUCUUAUUUUCUAUAUAAAACUGGUCACCAACAUAAAUAGCACAGAUUCAAAGUAUAAAUCCCUGUAUAAGAUCGUCAGUGAUGCCCUACAAAGCUAAAAAGCGGUUAACUAAAGAUAUAGCUUGCAUAACAUUGAAGAUUAAUGGACAUUUUAGAGUGAUUUUUGAGUAAAUGCAUUUAUAAAAUCACACAAAUAAAUAUGUGAAGUUACAAUUUUGAAAUAAAUGCAAUUCCUUUGGGAAAUAAACAGUAAUUUGGACUGCGGAGUUUAUGUUUCAACCAAACCAGUGAUAAAAAUAAGUAAUGUAAUACAAGCUGUUGUUGGGAGUAAAGCAAAUUUCCAAAUUGAUGUCUCAGAGGUAUCCAAAAUGAAAAAUAAAAUUGGAACUUUUCUGGAACGUUAUCAUUUUCAAUAAUACUAAAUCAAAGGUGUAAUGGUACGAAAGGCUUAAACAGUAUCACAUCUGCCCACAUUUCUGACAAUUUGCAAAAAAUAUUGUCUGAUUAUCACCGUUUUUUGUCAAUAAUAUCCACGAUUAUGUUACAAUUAACUGCGCUUUGUCUCAUUUGACAGAGUGGUGCUGCAAUGGUUCUGUCAUUUAAAGCAAAAUUUACCAUACUGUGUAAUGAUCAUGAUGAACUUAUGAUUGUCAAGUGUUCUUUCUGAGCCAAAAAUAGAGAAAAAAUAUGAAUAACCUACAUACUUACAUACAAUAUGGCCUUUGUCUGCGAUUUGAAUGUAGAGCGUUUUAAAAGAUAUCAGACAUAAACGAACUUGUUAUAUUGGCUUUAGAUUCCAAGGACUCUGCACAUUUUUAUACAAGUGAUAAUCUGGGUUUUUGAAUUAGAGCUGCACUUUCAUUGUAGCUAGUAGUAGUAGUAGUAGUAGUAGUAGUAGUAGUAGUAGUAGUAGUAGUAGUAGUAGUAGUAGUGUAUGAGGAGCUCUGAGUAGCAACAGUCUAAAAUUGUAACAGGAAAAUGCGCAUUAUACGCCCAGUUUACUUACUCGUGCUCUGCUAUUUUUGAACUCUGCUGCCGCUAAACCACAUACAAAAACAGUUUCAGUCAAAACCCCAAGAUGUAAAAAAAAUCAGAACCGAUCAGGCAUAGCAUUUUGACCUGAGGUGAUAAUUGUAACACACAUUGUCACGGGACCGGUCUCCACAAUACGAUUUGAAGUUUACUAUGGGUUAAGGUUAGAGUUAAGGCUGUAAAUGGACAUAACUAACCUGCUAGACGCCCUGUUCCAAAUAGAAGUGAGCAUGGGUGCGCUUCCAGGUCCAUUGAUUCUGGCUCCAAUUGACUUUGUGUUGAAAAAAAUGUCACACCUCUCUUCAUAACUCCUCCUGUCAGGCAAAAUAGGCAAAAACGGACAAAACAAUGAACCAAACUCAUCAUUUCAGCGAACCAAAAUGAUGAGUUUGGUUCACUGUUUUGUCUGUAAAUCAAUUCCUUUUUCCCAAUAUGGAACUCGGCUCUAAAUUCGCUCCUAAAAUUGCAAGCCUCAGGGAGAUUUAUUUGGCUGGAUCCAAACGUUAUGGGUGACAAUAUACUGCCUUAGUCCACUUCUGUGUCUCAGAAAGGUGUGGAAACCCAAAACUGCAGCUAUUUCCUGUUGGCAGUGGUCAGUAUCUAACAGAAUUGCUUUGGUUAGUCCAGGAUUAGACCUAGUUUAGUGUUUGUGGGUGUUCCGUCUGUAUCUACUAUGUGUUUUAGACCGGGUUUAGUCUUGGAUUGCACUGGGUAAGUCCUGGUUUAGUUGGGUGGUCUAGUCCAGUGGUCCCCAACCUUUUUUGCGCUACAGAUCAGUUUUAUGUCAGACAGUAUUUUGGAUAUAUAUUGACCUGUUUUAGAACUGUUUAAGACCUAGUUUAGUCCUGGAUUAGUCCUGGUUUAAUCCUGGUUUUACACCUGUAUUUAGACCUGUUUAAGACCUGGUUUAGUCCUAGUUUAACCCUGGUUUAGUCCAGGUUUAGACCUGCUUUAGUCCUGGCUUUAGACUUGUUUUUACACCUGUUAAAGACAUGGUUUAAUCCUGGUUUUAUACCUGUUUUUAGACCUGUUAAAGACUUGGUUUAGUCCUGGUGUAGUCUUGGUGUAAUCCUGGUUUAGUUCUGGUUUAGACUUGGUUUAGACCUGGUUUUAGACUUCUUUUUACACCUGUUUAAGACAUGGUUUAAUCCUGGUUUGAGACCUGUUUUCAGACCUGUUUAAGGCCUGGUUUAGUCCUGGUUUAGACCUGGUUUAGACCUGGAUUAGACCUGUUAAAGACCUGGUUUAGUCCUGGUUUUAGACCUGUUUUUUAGACCUGUUUAAGACAUGGUUUAGUCCUGGUUUAAUCCUGGUUUAGUCCUGGUUUAGACCUGGUUUAGUCCUGGUUUAGUUCUGGUUUAGUGGCACAGCUAUCAAACUCUACUUCUAAAAACCCACAUUAUUACUUACUAAAUAUUUGCACAUGUAUGAAACUUUAUGGCUACACAUUCAAGAAUAUUCUAAAACUGUGUUAGAUUUAUGCACAAAUUCCACCUCUCCUGGGUCGAACAGGGCUUCCCCAGUGACACUGAAGAAUGGGUCAAAUGCAGAAUUCAUAUUUCCUGUAUAUGGGGACAAUAAAGUGUACCUUAACCGACUUUAAAAACAUUUUAGACGUAGAUUACUCAAUAUUCUUUUCUCAGUAUAUACUUAAAUUACUUUCAAAAUAAAAUACCUUAAUAUUUCUAAUGCAUUUUUAUUGGGGGUGAACUUUUUUUUAAUACUCAAAGGUGCCAAUUCUUGCUAAAUGACUUGAGUUUUGUGUGACGACUUUCUUAAGCUUUAAUGUUGCGGUGCUCUUGCUGUUCUUUAUAGCCAUGGUUCUUAUGAUGCAUCUAUGUUUAUAUCUUAUCUGUAAAGGUUGCGUUCACGUUAUAGAAUUUGGUGAUUGCAUGACUUCACACGGAGGGAUCUGAAAAUCUGAUAUUUUUUGUAAACUUUUUGAAAUUAUUCUCAAAUGUUUAAUUUUAUUCUUUGUUUGAGAUUGGCUCCACAAAUUUGCGUGUUUGUGUUUGCGUUUGUGUUUGUGUCAUCCAGGUCCAGGAUCCAUAGUAAAGGAGAGAUUUAAUUCUGCCAACUGGACAAAAGUUUUUUUUUUUUGUUUUUUUUUUAACCAAAUACAUUUCGCAGCUCAUCCAAGUUGUUUCAGAGUAGUUUCAGUCAGGGUUCUCACAGUCAUGGAAAUCCUGGAAAAGUCAUGGAAAUUGAAAAUGUCAUUUUCCAGGCCUGGAAAAGUCAUGUAAGUUUGUAAAUUCAAUGAAAGUUUUGGAAAAGUCAUGGAAUUUUAGUAUCUCUUUCACGCAACUACAGCAUUCUGUUAAGUUUUCAUGAGGCUGUUAUGAUUAUUUCCAAACGUCUGCACCUUUUGUUUAAAAGAGACGACAAUAAAUACACUGACAGUAUUUUGAAUGUUAAAAAACUAUAAUACAAAACCAUAAGGUGAGUGGAAAGGGUUAACAUUUCAUAUUCAGCCCUAAAAGUUUCUUAUUUCUUAUUUUAUUUAUUUGUAAAGGGACAGUACAUAUUAAUGAACAUUAAAAAUGUAAAUAUGUAAAGAUUAUAGCCAACGUGGCUAAUUUCCAUCUUCAGUCCCUCAGCAGGUUGAUGUAAAAUCAUCUAUAGGAUGAGGAAAAGUACAGCAACAAUCACACAAAAGUACACAACACCAGCACACUCACUAUACACACAAUUUGUUUCAAACAGUUCAUUUGAAGUUCAAAGUCAGAAGUUUAAGAAUUAAGUCAAGAGUUAAACCAACAACCCCUCAAAAUAAAAUAAAAUAUAAAUUGGUUAAACAUGGUGACAUAUUUGAAGUCUGAUCAAUUCUACACAUGUAGGUUCCGUAAAAUCAUGGACAAUUCACUUUAAGUCAUGGAAAAGUUUUCAAAUUCUGUCAGUGAAAAAGAGUGGGAAGGCAGUGUCCACCAGUAUUCUGACCAGAACUGAAGAAGCAACUUGGAUGAGCUGCGAAACGUAUUCGAUCAAAAAACUUUGGUCCAUUUGAAAGAAUUGAAUUUCUCUUUCGCUGCAUGUCUUAGAGUCCUUUCAACUGACAACAAUACUUGGGGUUAAAUAAUGGCACCGCCUUCUGAAGCCAUUUUGUGUGUGUGAGAAGAUGUUGAACUUUGUGCCAAUUUUUAUUUCAUGUGAUUAGAACCAGUAAUUACAAAGACAUUAACACAGAACCAAGUCAAUAAAUCUGCACUCAGUUAAACAGCAAAUUCCACCGUAGGAUUCUGACCUGUCGUCCAGCUCAACGUUCGACUGUACGGAGUCGACAGUGUUGUGAUAUCACGUGAACGCAUCCUAAUGGACAUUUUCUCCUGCUUGCUUUUAUUGUGAAAAGGUCCCGCUCUCAGGAUCUAAAGUGCCGCAGCCAAUGACGUCUGUUUUCCAUACUGCUCCUGAAUAAAUGUGUCCUUUGUGUUAUUAA